ACAAGAUUUUCCUCCCUCAGUUGUUCUUUGCACGUGUAGUUUUUUGCAAAUAAAAAUAUGUUCUCGAUUAUUACCAUUUUAGUUUUGUGCUCCUUUUGUGCUGUUCAAUCGGGAGUUUUACCGGUCGACAAAUGCAAGUUAACAGACUCAACGUGUAUGGUGCCAGCCUUCCAAAAGGCUGUCCCCAUUUUUAUGGCGGGACUGCCAGACAUGGAUGUCGCGGUCCUGGAUGUUAUGGAGAUGGAUGACAUCAAGUUCGACCUGUCUGGACUUCAGUUCAGCCUGACAGAAGGCCGCUUGAAAGGACUCAAGACUGCUGUCAUUGAUAAUGUCAAAUGGAGUGAGAAGAAGAAGAAGUUCGAAGUAGACUUCCAUGUUAACUGCAAUAUAAAGGGACACUACACUGCUGGUGGAAGGAUCUUGAUCUUGCCCAUCACUGGAGAUGGACAGAUCACUCUGAAGCUCAAAAAUAUUGUUGUCAAAUUCUUCGUCGACUACGACAUCGAAAAAAAUGCUGACGGAGAUGAGAUUGUCGUGCCUAAGAAGUACGAUUUCCAGUUUGAGGUCAAGGAUGGCGCUCACUUCACUAUGACUAACCUGUUCAAUGGAAACAAGGAACUUAGUGACACCAUGCACACAUUCCUGAAUGAAAACUGGAAGCAGAUUGCUACGGAGUUCGGCAGACCUAUAAUGGGGUCAGCUGCCAACACACUGUUCAAGAAUGUGUCCAAUUUCUUCAAGAAAUCGCCGAUCAAGGACAUCGCUGAACUAGUUGCCUAAAAGGAGAAUAAUUUUAUAAGUACAAUACUCGUAAUUAUUGGGAUAAAGGCAUACAAUAUACACACGUGUACGUAAAUCUUUCGAACACGUUGCAAUUUAAA